AUGUCUAAUUGUGUUUCCUACAAUCCUGAUAAUGUUUUCAAGAGGUUUAAGGUUUUAGAAUUUCCGAUAUCUUUUGUAGGGUUGUCUACUACCUUAGAAUUAGACGUUGAAGUUGAUUUAAACACAUCUGCAUAUCUAAAAACACUAUGUGAAGGACGUUUAAUGAAAUUUCAGGAAGCUUAUGAAAUCUCUGCACCUCAUAGAGCGUUUAAUAUCAAAACUACAAACAGCCACACGCUCGAAAUAACAUUUAUACCUAAAAAUGAAUGUAUAGCUAGAGCUAAAAAUCAUAGAAAUUUUAGUAACAGAUUUGUUUUCGAUUUGCGUUUAAUAAGAGUCGACGGAACACGAUGUUGUUAUGAUGAAUUUCAUGCUGAAGUUGGUAGAUAUUACAUCUGUGGACAAUUUGAAAAUUCUAAAAUUUGUCAUACCCCCGAGAAUAUCAAUUUUGGGGAUGUUUAUAUUAAUACCAAAUCAACGAAAUGUUUAAGAAUGCACAAUGGAUCAACAGUUUUGAGUGCGAAAAUACAAUAUGUAAGAGUCGCAGGUAUCCAAGUAGAACCUAAAACAUUUACCAUACUGCCAAACACGUCCAGAAAAAUUACUAUAACAAUAAAUCCUACAUGCCUAAAAUUAAAAAAGUAUAUAACUUUUAAAAUUAUUAACCCACAUGGUGUAUUUAAGGAUAAUUGUGACGAAAAUUUUCUUGCUUACGUACUUAAUUUUAAUAUAAAUAUAUUUUAUAAAAAAACUUCGAAGAAAGUUAAAAUUGAAUCGUUACAUAAAUUGAACGAAUUAAACCCCAAUUACACUUAUAUAGGUAAGGAACUAAUGAUUCACAAGAAUCGAAAUGUACAAAAUUUGAAUCAUUUGCAACUGUCUAAAACUUUUUAUAAAAAGAAACUUAAUUCAGAAAAAUAUACCACUGGUAAAGACAUAUGUUUGCCGGAAGUUUUGGAAAAUAAAGUGUUAAAAAAUUUUUGCGAAAAAAUUGAAGAAACGCCUUCAACAUACGACUUAUUUCAAAUAAAAUUAUUUCCUUUUACGAUUAAUUUUGGCAGAGUUGCUACAUCAACCUAUGGUGAGCAUUGCUUAACAAUUGAUAAUGAUACAAAAUUCAAUGUAUGGAUAGAAUUUCUUAAAGAUAAUUUUAUAUUUUAUUCAGAAGAAAAAAAAGUUACAUUAAAAAUCAGAAUAAAAGCUUUUGCUAAAGCUAGUGUUACUUUAUUUUCUUUGGCACAAUUGGAUGGUGUUUUCACGGGUACAUUCAAAUACGUUAUAAACGAAAAAUAUUAUCGAAACCAUCCAUAUUCGUUACAAGUUGGAAAUCCUACAUUAAUGGUUAAUGAAAAAAGUUUGAAGUUUGGAAUGGCAACGACUGAAAGUUUUAUUACUUCAGUCCCCGUUAGAAUAUAUAAUAAUUUCAACAUACCAGUUGACUUUAAGUGGAGCGAAUUGCACCCGGACGUACCGUUUGAAAUAAUUCCAAAUUCUGGAACUGUUCCUCGACAUUCUUGUAGAUUAUGUGAUAUUCAAUACAUAUGCAAACCUUCAAAAACAAAAAUACAUGAAAUAAAUUUACUGUCCAUAAGUUCAAGUAUUAGAACAAUACCUUUUGAGCUUAGUGUUAUUACACGUAAACUAUCCAUCAAAUUUUUACAAGCAGCAGUAGUAUUCAAAGACAUAGCUUUAAAUUUGGAAACUGUUGAAAAAGUGAAGCUUGAGAACGCAUCUAGAGAGAUUGCUCUUUUCCAUGUUGUUGAAUCAUUAAUUCCAGGUUUUAGAAUAGAGCCAAUGUGUGGUACCAUACGACCAAAAACAAUAAUGGUUUUUGAUGUUAUUGUUAAAAUACCUUGUAUUAUUGAAUUUUCGUUUGACAUAAUUAUCAAAAUAAAUAAUAAAGAAAAUGUAACACUACCUGUGAGUGGAAAUGUUGUUGAACCAAAACUAAUUAUACACCCUAAAAAUAUAUAUAUGUCUCGAAUACCAUGUAAUAUGAUUACAUUUGUACCAGUAACAUUUCAAAAUUCAGGAAUUUUGAAGGCAGUGAUAGAAGUACUUGAUACUAACGAUGAUAACAUAUUUAAUGUUUACGCCUUGUAUGGAAGUGAAAGAAAACGAAUACUAUUCUUCGACAUAGAGGGUGGUCAGACAAAAACAGUUUUUAUUAAAGUCUAUGAUAUAUUUAGGAGAGAGUAUGAGAUGUAUUUACCUUUUAGAAUAAAUGGUUUACUAGGGCCGCCAACUGAAAAUGCUUAUUCAACUGAACUUCGGUACUAUAUAGAUGAUUACGAAAAAUCUUUUGAAAAUAAUCCGAAAAUUAAAACAAAAAGCACAAAUAAAGAUAUCUGUUAUUGCCGAAUAACAGGAGUUAUAACAGUUCCUUGGAUUGUAUUUUCCGCUGACAAAUUCGAAUUAGACUUUACACAGAAUACAAUGGAAUUUGCAAUGACUAACAUUUCUAAAUACUGCUUACAUGUGACAAUUUUAAUUGCAAAAUUAUUUCAAGUUUUUACACUGGAUUUAAAUAUGAGUAAUAAUCUGGCUACCGUUAAUGAAAAUCAUAUUAAAUUUGAAUUAAAUGUCGGAGAAACGGCUAACUUCACUUUAAAAUUCCAUCCUAAGUGUCACGGUCGAUUUGUUUCAACAGUGCUAUUGUAUUUAGAUAAACUUAUGACCAUCCCCUAUUACAAUUUAACAUUUGUUGGGAAAAAACAAAUUCCAGAUAUGUGCCCCAAUACACAUAAAAUUAUUUUUCCACCAAGUAGUAUAGGUACAGAAAUAUACAGAAUGUUAACGCUGAAAAUGGAUGGUCAAACAACCAAAGAUUCCUUUUCUUGUUUUUCUAAGGAAGAACCGAAUCUCAUAGUGGAAAUUCUUGAUUCAAAAACUGAAUUAGAAAAUGAUAACUACUAUACCUAUGUAGAAGUAAAAAUUUCUGUUUCAUGUCAAGUAGCCUAUGCUCAAAGUAUAACUUUAAAUUUUCAACAUACAAACGGUUCCUGUUGUGAAGUAGAAGUUUCUUUCUGUUUUACUCACUGUCCUCUUACUUUACAUACUCAAUUUUUGGUUAAAAAUGAAGAUAAUCCAUACCCAUAUUUUCCACUUAGAAUACAAAAUAAUUUUUACAUUUACAUGGAAUCUUGCUGUACAUUUCUCGAAAAGUGGAUGUUUCAACAAGGAUUUAGAAGAGAUCUAUAUCCAUCAAUACCAGAUACGUUUCAUGCUAUUUCAGCAGCUAUUUCGUCUCAAUCGGGUAGCGCAAAAUCAAAGGGAAUCAAUGUAUCAUAUUUAAAUUUUGUUCGAAGAAUUGCAGGACCACUAAUGAAACACGUGCGAAAAGUAAACGUUGUUGGUGUGGACGAAUCAUUCAAGUGUGUUAAGGAAAUUCAUGACACCUAUCGGGAGAUAAUAACGUUACUUAGGUCUCGUGGAGCAAACCUCGGGAUAAUAGAAGCGAAACUUUUACUUAGCUAUGAUCAAUUUGUUACAUACUCAAAUAAUAUAACUCCAAAACGUAAUGCUGAUAUUAUUUUUACGCAACAGUUACUAGAGGACGAAAUGUUAUUUAAGAGAAUAAACAAGCAAAGUUGGAUGGAUUUAAUUCUUCAAAGUUACAAAGUGUUUGUAAUAGAUAGUUGCUUUUUUGAAUGUGUUUGUGUGAGUUCACAACCAAGAGAUAUUUUAAAAAUACUUAUUGAAUGGUACAGUGAAAAUGUUGCAUUGCAACAUGAAAAAUUUAGAAACAAAAAUAAACCUAUAAAACAUAUUAAUAAUUUAACAAGUGAUUUAGCAGAUGGUAUUGCUUUAAUAUCAACUAUUUUGAAUUAUUGUCCUUUUAUGGAAGAAUAUUUUCAACACUUUUGUGAAAACGAUAAAGACUGCGAAGAAAGUACUAUAAUAAAUAACGCUUGUCUUAUAAUCGAAGCAAUGAAUGCAUUAAAACUUUACUUUCCUUUGACUAGUUCAGAUUUUAUACAGCCAAACUUUUUAGUUAUGCUAUUUUUGUCAAUACAUUUAUAUAUAACAUUGCCAAUGUUUAAGCCAAAAGAUGUGAUCGAGUUUAACCCUCCUCUUUUAAGAAGUUCAUCUCGACAAUUGUCGAUUAGCCCAUCGAAUCAGGAAUCAUUAGUUUUUAAUCAUGUAAUAUUAAAUAACAUAAAAAGUAACUUCACGGUUGAAAAGGCUUCUUCCGGUGACAGUGGAAAAAAAAUGCAUCUUAAUGUUAAAUACACAGCUAAUUUUGUGGCAAAAGAGACAGCAGUACUUCUAGUACAUGGAUUUAAUAAAACUAGAAUAUUUGAUACAUAUGUAGUUUUUGUAUUAUUUGGGUAUCCUGGAUCACUUUAUCCCAUAAGAAAAUGCAAAGUUACUGGACCCUUGUAUAGACCAAUAAAAACGGAUGUUUUGGUAGCAUCUCCUUUUACUGUGAGUGCAGUUUACAAACUGUAUUUGACAGAUAAUGAACCUCUAAUACCAGUAACGAUUGAAACAGACCAACAUCCCAAGUUCUUCAUAAGGCGUCUAUACCUUAUAGACCAGCAAAUAACUUUAAGUGGCAUUCCCAAGGAAAGUGGACAAGAAGUUCAAGAACAAAAACUAUAUUUACAACUUAUAUGCCUUAGUACACAAAUCGAAAACUCGUGGUUGUGGUUUCGAAGCGAAAUUGGUGAAUUCUAUAUCCGCAUAACAACGCAAUCGCGUUGGGACUUGGCUAUUGAUACUCUUCAAGUAAAAGUGCAUACUUGGCCCCUAGAUCCCUGUAGUUGUGGUGAAGCAUGUGAGUGCUACCGAACUACUGCCGUUAUGAUUCCUCACAAGAAUGAGUUAAUGGUAAAAUCAUUGCGCUAUGCCUUACACGAGCACGCAUCAGAAGCUAUGAUGGAAAUAUUUGAUCAAUUAAUAGAAACAGUUACAGGGAAAGUUAUCCUAGAAAUGCUUUUAAAAGAAGGCGGUACGAAUUUAUCGGAAGUGCAACAUAUCCUACGAAGCGACGCUACCUUCCGGAUUACCUCCAGGACGCUGCUUCUAAGACUUGAAAGAGUAACACUUAGUCAACAUACAAACGCAUUUUUUGCUUUACCGGUUACUAUACCGGCAGAAGAUAAAUCAGAGAAAUAUUCGAUUACAUUGACUUCUGAAUGUGGAAUGGAUAUACGAACUUAUAGGAUUAUAUUUAUUGAGUCUUACAGCGAGUAA